GCCAUGGCUGCAGUCCCGGCCCCCGCUGGAUGUCUGCUGUCCACCCAGAGCGAGAAGCAUCGCCGGGCACGCAACUGGACCGAAGCCGAGAUGCGGGGUCUGAUGCUGGUCUGGGAGGAAUUCUUCGAGGAGCUGAAACAGACCAAGCGGAACGCCAAAGUUUACGAGAAAAUGGCCAACAAACUCUUCGAGAUGACGGGCGAAAUCCGGCACGGAGAAGAGAUCAAGAUCAAAAUCACCAACAUGACCUUUCAGUACAGGAAAUUAAAAUGCAUGACAGAUAGCGAAACCUUGGCUCCUGAUUGGCCUUAUUUCAAAACCAUUGAUAGAAUUCUAUCCAAAGUCUCGGAGCACAAUGACGUGAAAGUUCACGAUAGCCAGCAAGCCGGUCCUUCCACCUCUCAAACGGAAGCGUCCCAAUCACCCUCCACCAAAUCGGCUCCUCUCUAUUUGCCCUACAAUCAGUUCACGUACGAAGGACGAGAGGAAUUCUUCGAAGACGCGCAUUCAGACAGCUCCUCCAGCCUAAUUUCGUAUAAAUUAAGAGCAGAAGAGCGACCGGUGAAGAAACGAAAAGCGCAAAGCUGCAGUUUCCAAAAAAAGAAGCUGAAGCUGAUGGAAGCCAUGCUGGAAGAGCAGAAGAAGCUGAGCAGAGCCAUGGAGGAAACGUGCCGGGAAGUUAGACGGACUCUGGACCAGCAGAACAUUAUCCAAGUGCAGACUCUGCAGCUGCAGGAAAGAAUGAUGAAUCUACUGGAGAAAAUGAUCACCAAAGCCAAUGUUUAA